AGAUGGCGGGAACGUAACUCGGGCAGGGAGUUUAUAGCGGAAUUCUCUUUUGGCCUCGGUUUAAUCCUGGUUGGUGGCCGUCAGCGGACCGCGAUGGUUCGGGGGCAGGAGCGAGUGGUGGCUUUGGCGGAUAUGGACUGCUUCUACAUACAGGUGGAGCGACGCCUGGAUCCCCGUCUGCAUGGAAAGCCGUGUGUCGUGGUGCAGUAUAAGACCUGGAAAGGUGGCGGGAUAAUUGCUGUGAGCUAUGAAGCACGUGCUUUGGGGGUUAAAAGAAACAUGUGGGCUGCUGAUGCCAAGAAAUUGUGCCCAGAUCUCCAGUUGGCUAGAGUACCAGAGGCGCGUGGCAAAGCAGAUCUCACCAGAUACAGAGAAGCCAGCAUAGAGGUGAUGGAAGUGAUGUCACGCUUUGCUGUGAUUGAACGUGCCAGCAUUGAUGAAGCUUAUCUGGACUUAACUCAAACUAUACAGGAAAGGCUGCAGAAGAUGAAGGAUCAACCUAUUUCAGCAGAGCAGUUGGGAACUACAUAUAUUCAAGGAUUCCCAAACAGCCUUGAAGAAGAAGAAAAUACGGACAACAAAGAGGAGAUAAGGCAACGUGGUGUGUCCCAGUGGCUCAAGUCAUUGCCUUGUGGAGAUCCCAGCAAUCCAGAAUUGCAGCUGACAGUAGGGGCAAUGAUUAUGGAAGAAAUGAGGGCUGCUGUGGAGUCUGUCACUGGAUUUCAAUGUUCUGUUGGAAUUUCUCACAAUAAGGUAUUAGCAAAACUGGCCUGUGGCCUCAACAAACCAAAUCGACAGACUCUGGUAUCACAGGUGGCUGUUCCUCAACUCUUUAGCAAGAUGCCAAUCAGCAACAUUCGCAACCUUGGAGGGAAACUAGGUGCUUCUAUUACUGAAUGUCUCGGAGUGCAGUAUAUGGGAGAGCUGAUCCAGUUCAGUGAAUCACAGCUUCACACACAUUUUGGAGAGAAAACUGGAUCCUGGUUAUAUGAACUAUGCAGAGGAAUUGACUAUGAGCCUGUGAAAGCUAGACAAUUGCCAAAGUCCAUUGGUUGCAGUAAGAAUUUCCCUGGAAAAACAGCAUUGGUUACUCAGAAGCAGGUGCAGUAUUGGCUCUUGCAGUUGGCCUUGGAGCUGGAAGAGAGAUUGAAUAAGGACAGAGACCAGAACAACCGGGUAGCUAAACAAUUGAGUGUUGGCAUCCAUAUGCAGGGUGGUAAACAUACCAAUUUAACGCGCUGCUGUGCCUUAUCCCAGUAUGAUGCUCAAAAAAUUAGCAGAGAUGCCUUUGCACUAAUCCAGAACUGUAACACAGCAGCAGGCCAGCAAGCGACAUGGUCUCCUCCUGUUACACUUCUUCAGCUCUGUACAAGCAAGUUUUCUGAGGUUUCUGCAGUAUUGUCUGUGGACAUUACUUCCUUCCUGACUAAUCAUAGCCAAUGUACUCAGCACACCACCACCAUUAAAGAAGGUAUGAAUGCAAAGUUCCUUGGAAGUCCCAAAAAGGAGACCAGCAAGAAGGCAGUUAAUGCUAUUCAAAUGCUCUUUCAAAGGGCAGAAAAAAGAAAACAAGCCCAGGCUACCGCUGGGUGUUUUGUUCCUGACGUAAGUGAUACGAUAGUACCACCAGCUACGGAGACCAAGAGUUGUCACAUCGGCAACCAAGUUUCAGAAGGCUUAAUGGAACUAAGCAACCCAAACAUGAUGCAGAAACAGCCGUUGAUAGAGCAAUCUUUGCUAGAGACCACGUUGACCGGGGAAGGUUAUGUAGCAUCUUCAGAAAUGAAAAUGCUUCCUGAUUCGUUUAAAGAAGAAAAAGUGCAGACUGCUCCUGGACUUUCCCAAGAAGGAGCCGUGUGUUUGGCUGAUCCUUCCUCAGUAGAUGACUGCUUGCUGUGUGAGAAAUGUAACCAAAAAGUGGCAGUGUGGGAGUUCACCGAACACUUAGAUUACCACUUUGCUGUAGAACUGCAGAAUUCUUUCUCGGGGUCUAGUUCCUUCAGAUCCGUUGAAUCUCUUGCUACUCCAGUGAAGGAGAAAAAUAAAUCAAGGGAGCAGAGAACCACCAGUGCCAAACGGCCAAAGCAAGAUGGAAGUAGGACUCUAGAUUUCUUUUUUAAACCAUUGCCACCAUAGUUGCUGACUUGAGUAACUGGUGACUUAGAAAAUGUACUUUUCCUAAUCAACUAAUCCUAAUAAAUUAUUCCUUAAAAUUUAAUAUUUUGGGGAGUUAAUGAAUGGGGAUAAAAAUCUAUAAUCAAAGGUAUGCUAUCUGCAGGUCCUUCUGUUACUUUAUGGACAAGAUGACAGUGGACAGCAUGGUGAUGAGAUUGUGUUCUGCUAAUAGUUCUGUAGUUGUCCCAUGACUAGUUUUAAAAUGGAGCUCUGUAAGAAUUCAUUUACUAACGUUGUGUCGUGUAGAAGAUUUGCUUAUUUCAGAAGUCUUGUAUUCAGGUAGCGGUUCUAAGAUCUAGAUUACAGUCAAGAUUACAAGGAGUGAAGAUCAUAAACCUCGAUAUUAGACAGCACUGAACUUUGGAUUUGAUUUUAAGACAGGAGAAAAAUCUAGAUUUCCCAGAUGGUGGAUUUCAACUUCUAUCACUCUUCCCUGCUGGCUCUGCUAGCUGGAUUGAUAGCAUUGGGGAAUCCAGAACCUUUGGAGAACAACAUCUCAGUGUUCAAUCUCUUGUGGGUUUUUUUAUUUUGUAAGAACUUUUCCAUAUAAUUUGAAUGCUUCUUUUUCUAGAGUUGUGUAAAAAGCCUGUAAUAUAGUU